AUGCAUGUUAUGCCAUUUUCACGGCACACUGUUUUGCGGCACUUUUCGAUCGGUUCUGUGCAAAGAGUAGAUUUAAAGGAAAUAUUUAUUAAACACAGCGAUGCUUCUAACGAGACAACUAAGGCAUGCGGCGAGGAUACUGCAGCUUCCGGCACGAUUGGGCACGAUGCCGGCCAGGCAGUGCAGCACACAGCCGAAGGACGACUUGGGGCAGGACGGCAAGAGCCCAGACGAUAAGAGGAGCCUCAUCCUCCGGACGAACCUGUUCGAAUCGGCGGCGAAAAAGGACAAACAAACGUACAUCGAGAUGGUGCGGAUAUUCGAGAAGCGAAGCGUUCACCGGCGUAAUCACGUCGAGUUCAUCUACGCCGCCCUGCGCCACAUGGAAGAGUUCGGCGUGAACAAGGAUAUUGCCGUGUACAAGGCACUGAUCGACGUGAUGCCGAAGGGCAAGUUCAUACCGACCAACAUCUUCCAGGCAGAGUUCAUGCAUUACCCGCGCCAACAGCAGUGCAUCAUCGAUCUGCUCGAGCAGAUGGAGGAUAAUGGGGUCAUGCCCGACUACGAGAUGGAAGCGAUGCUGAUCAACGUGUUCGGCAAGAAGGGACACCCGGUGCGCAAGUACUGGCGCAUGAUGUACUGGAUGCCCAAGUUUAAAAAUCUAUCUCCGUGGCUGCUGCCGAACCCGGUGCCGGACGACACGUUCGAGCUGGCCCGGCUAGCGGUCGAGCGCAUGUGUUCGAUCGAUCCGCGCAGCAAAGUGGACGUGUUCGAUACGAAGGCGGUGGAGAACGCGCUGGACCAUACGUGGGUCGUUAGCGGGCAAAGCGUGGAGCAGUCGGAACUGUUGGAGGCCCACAGCAAACAGGAACCCGUGUACAUAGAGGGCCCGUUCGUGAUAUGGUUGCGGAACCGUUGCAUCAACUACUACGUGCUGAAGUGCGCUCCAAAACCCCUGCCAACCGUCGAGCAAACCGAGGACCCGGACGAUGUGAGCAAUCUGCACAAUCCCUACGUCGGAUUAGAUUUGCGCUUCCGUAAGGGGCAGCGGGCAGGAUCGGCUGUGAGCACACGACGACGAUCCAUCCACGAGCAAGACGACGGUAUCAUCUACGCCAUCUGCUGUACUGGAACAUCGACGAAGGAUUCGCUUCUGUCUUGGAUCCGAUUGCUAGAGCAAGAGAAGGGCAAUGCAGCACUAGCCUCACUCGCGGUGCUGUUUAAAUUUACCUCUCCACCGACCGAGGUGACCGUUAGCGACGCAGAUUCCAACACAGUGCAACACUAGGCGCGUGUAUCGCCCCACUGUAAACCGUUGCUAUAAAUAGAGCUCAAACCCAAACCGAUGUAACACCUGGCGUCAGCAGCACCUUCACAGAUGACACAGAAUGCGCGCCAUACCUCGCCAAAAUGCGACCGCAACCGAUCAUAUGUUUAAAAUCACAGAAAUUUUAUUUCCAAUUCAAUCGUCACACGCUGCUAAGUUCAGUAAAUUCAUACAUCGUUUUUACAGUAAUAUACGGGAUCGUAACACACCGUUGGUGUUACCCCGGUGCUAGAGAGAGAGUAAGGGCACAGUCUAGUCUAGCCGGUGGUGGGGUUGAGUGUCUGUUUGAGCGGGAACACCUGCGUCACCUUCCCGAUGCCUUUGCUGGUGCCCUCGCGGAACAGUAUCCGCAUCCCGGGGCGCACGUACUCCGGGUGGCGCACAAAGCGGAACAGCACCGAGGCGGAUUGAUUUGUACCUAUGCCCGUGUCGCCAGCACCCAUGAUGCCCUCGAUAAUGGCCGUCUGGCGGAUGCUACCGAUGUGAACGGUAGUCUGAAAUCCCUUGAAGAUGCGUGUCGCGUGAAACAGCACGGACACCUGUGCCUGCACAGCAAAGAAAAAAGCAAAUAAAAACCCGGAAUAAGAUGUG